AUGCACUUCAGGCUAUCUUCCCCGAAAAUUCGACAUUCUUUUGAUAAAGAUCCAGCUACUGUUCGUUCUGUCAAUCAUCAGCGCUUGAAGAGCGUUAGCGCUCGACUCGCAUCGACCAUUGCUGCAAGGAAUCUCAUCAGUAUCAUACAGCGCCGUGAGAUCGUCCAUAGAUUGGAUAUCGGGGACAGUUCAUUGGGCGAUGAGGGUUGUGUACAGCUUUUCGACUUUCUGGACUCUUCUGCUGGUCAAAGAUGCAAAAACAGCCUCACCGAGCUGUACCUCACAAAGAAUGGUAUAGGUGGAAAGGGUCUACUUGCUGUAUCGAAGUUCAUCAAGGACAAUGACGUGCUCAGGGAACUAUGUUUAUCCGGUAACCCAUUAUCAACCGAUGCGGAUGUCAUCGCACAAUUUACCACCGCACUGAAUAGCUCGAGACUAUGCACGCUCCAGUUGAUCCAUAACGGCUCUCUCUCUGACACCUUCGUUCGCGCAUUUCUUCCCAGCCUCAGCACGCGAUAUCUGCGUCAACUCGACCUUUCUGCCAUCAAUAUCACCCGAGUUGUGGUUCCUACUAUCAUCGAAUAUGUAACGUCACCACGUUGCAGACUGGACCGACUGCAGUGCAACGCGAACAGCCUGACACUGCCCGGUGCGCGCGAAAUCAUAAGCGCUAUCGAGUGCAAGAACUAUAGCCUUUUCAAGGCUAAUCUUGAUGACCUACAUGUUGACGAACAUGAUGGUGACAGCGAGGAACGCACUCUUGCGUGGCAAGAGGGUUGGCGGAUCCUGAAUAACGCGGCGCAGAGGAACCUCAUGAGCAAAAUGCGGGUGAAAAAGCAAGCCCUUGCGCUACUGCUGUACAGCCGUGCGUUGUUCCUUCGGUCGGGCAUGCGGGACAUUGUUCCUGUCUUGGCUUCUGUUUCCACCCUCAAUCGAAUUUCAGCAAGCAUCAAGUCAAAUAUCAUUUCCGCGCCCUCGAUGUUCUUCAAUCUGCCUGACGAAAUACAACAAGAAAUCAUCGCCUUACUGGCACCGGAUUUAUCUCACUGGCAGCGGAUGCGUGUCGUUGCAUUUGCUGCAGAUGUCCGGACACUUCCACAGCUAGAUGAUCCUGAUCUUGAGCCGGUGAACACAGCGCAUCUCACAGCAUUCAUGCGAGCAGGCUCGUGGAAACCUCCAGCGUGGUGGGAGUGUGCGUGUCCUGAGGAGGACCGCAGAAACUGCCGGACUCUGCGCCGCUGGGAGAGAGAGAGACGGGAUGUAUGGCUGACGCAAGUUGGAUGCGAUGUUUGGGAACCUGAGUUUGCCAUGCGGGACGCAGAUCUUUGAUCACGACGGGCUAGAAUCCAGAGUCGACGAUGGUCAAUUUGAAUUCUAUUCCUUGGACUCGCUAUUAGCAUCAUGAUAAUCAUUGUAAGCCAAUGCCAUAUCUAUGCAUCUCCGGAUCAUCAGCGUGCACUGACAAUUACGUAUUCCCCGAUGGUGCGUCCCGCCAUCCUGUACUUCCUGUUAAAAUGUGCGAAAGUCUCAUGGUUUGUCCCCGCUCAGAGCUUAGUACAGCUCUCAAGAUAGCUGUGCGCUGCUGUGCUUCCUACAGAGAAGUACAUAUAAAAUAUACAUUUGUUCCCCGCCGACCCCAAAAUUUCAUCUUCAUUUCCCUCUACUAGGACACCAACGUUA